CAACGACAGCACACCAUCGACAUAAACCAUCAAGCAUCGCAAACCUUUUGGACAGCAUCAAAAUUACCGAGUACGAUGUGCGACCACUGCAGCGCUUACAAACCCCUGUUGGAGAAACCGCCGACAGCAUCGUUCUACCCGAGCCCGAGCGCCGGCCCGAGCCCGAGCUUAUACGUAGGGCCACCCUCUUAUACACCUGCCACGGCAGCCGUCUCCGUCGUUGACGGCGGUUGCUGCAGUUGGACGCGGGACUGUUGCGGCGGUGGUUGUUGCGCCGGGGUUCGAUGCUGCAUGCCUCCGGAACCUCUUCUGGACCCUGCGGGCCCUAUGGAACAGAAACUGUCGAGCGGAUACAGGCUGCCGCCAGCUUGCGAUCAGUCGGGAAUGUCUGGCUACCCUUCGAUGAUGGCUGCUGGCUCCAGGCGCGAGGAGGAUUUCAGGGUGCAGUGCGUCAGCACGAAGAAGGAAGAGCCUCAGCUGCCUAAGUGUUUCGGAGGUGACUGCCAAGAUUCCGAGGAAUGCGAGAACGAUGUAGCCGCCGCCGGGCCGAAGCAAUCGCACGGAUAGGAGCGAUCCAGAGGGGGUGUCGAGGACGAAACGUGACGAGACGGGGCGAGCCGAGGGCGAGACGGCGCGGGGGGACGAGAGACGGAAAGUGCACGGACGCGUUUUCGUCGCGUCAACAGCUCCGAAAUACCCGAGUGACUCCCUUAAACUCGCCGGGGUGUGCACGCGAUCGAUCAUCCGCUCUCUCCCCGGGAAUCACGGAAGAGCCACGCUCGAUAAUCUCUGUCCCAAUCCUCGUGCUUCCGUUCGCCGCGUAAUUUGCCGAACGAUUAAAGCACCGUCGCCGCGGCUCUAUCGUACAGCAUUCUUCGCCGAUUGAAAAAUGUUCGAUCCGAACACCCGAAACCCUUCCGACGCGUUCUCCCGGCCCCGCAUACUUCCGGGACGCAAACUAAUCUCGCGUGCAGCGUUCCGCCGCGCCAAUUCGCACUUAUCCGACUCGUGUUUAAUUCCAUCUGUGUAAGCCGCUUUUAAUAAAGUAUCCCGGUGACCGAUGA